AUGCUGGGACAAUCCACCGCUGUGGUGGCUCUCCUCUCCCUGGGGGUCACCAGCCCGGUCCUCGCCAAUGCCAACUCGGCAGCCCCCUACCCGGCAACCACCUUCGCGGACUGUCAGAAGAAGACGGCUGACCCGCUCGAGGGCUGUCCUGAGGGGACCAUAUAUGUGAGCGCCAAUGACACCUCUGCCGACUUCACCAAGAUCCAGGAUGCCAUCAUCUCCAUCGGCAACGACACGGAGCCUCACUACAUCCUCAUCGGUGCUGGCUUCUACUAUGAGCAACUCAACGUGACCCGCUCAGCGCCUCUCUACCUGCUGGGCCAGUCCAACCUGCCGUCCCAGCAACAGGACUACGCCGGGGAUGUGAGCCACAACCAGACGGCACAGAACGAUGUGCAGAUCUGGUUCAGCUCUGCCAACGUCGGCAACAACCUGAUCAGUGACAACGUCUUCACCGGUGUCCUGACCGUCGGCCCUACCCUCAACGCUACUCUCACCGGCAGUGGGCCCACGGGUUUCCCCGUGCCCGAGGAUACCCCAUUCGGAUGCGAGGACUUCAGAGCGUACAGCAUCGACUUCAGGAAUGAGUACGCCCCUUACUCGAACGGGCCGGCCCACGCCAUGGGCGUGUCCAGGGCCAAUGCUGGUUUCUACAGCUGCGGCUUUUACAGCUGGCAGGAUACCAUAUACGUCGGCAAGCUAGCCAACGCCUACUUCUACGACACCGUCGUCGCAGGCCAGACGGACUUCCUGUACGGCUUUGGCACACUGUACAUCACAAAGUCUACUCUGUCGCUGCGCCACUGCGGAGGCGGUAUCACCGCCUGGAAGGGUACCAACACGACCUUCGAGAACAAGUACGGCGUCUACAUCGACUCGUCCCAACUCAUUGCCAACAACGCCUCCACGGCCGCCGAGGUCGUCGGCCAGUGCGCCCUGGGCCGCCCGUGGAACGCCCAGCAGCGGUCAAUCUUCAUGGACAGCUACUUUGACGCGAGCAUCCUGCCAGCUGGGUAUAUUAAGUGGGGCGCAACCGACCCCAGGGUUAACAACUAUACAUUCAUGGCCACGUUCGACAACUACGGACCGGGGUGGAACGUCACGGCCGAGAUGGCCAGCAACGUCACGAUCGUGCUCGACGACGAGGAGGCCGAGCCGUACCGGUGGCCCACGGAUGUGUUCCUGACGCCGAGUGGCGAGCCGAAUAAUACGUGGUGGGUCGAUCAGAGUGUCCUGGUCCCCUUCUGA